AGCACUAUGUAGUACGUCUUCAAGCUUGGCCUCUGGUACAGUAAGAUAAAUAAUGACGAACUCGUUUGUGAUACGAGUUCCAGCAACCUCGGCCAAUAUCGGCCCUGGCUUCGAUGUCGUCGGCUUGUCGCUUUCACUUUAUCUUACCCUCACUGUCACCAGCGGUGAGCUCACUUCCGCCUUACCAGAGAUCACGUAUUCGGGUGAAGGAGCCGACGAAGUCCCGCUAGACCCAUACUGUAACCUCACCACUCGCGUAGCGCUCUAUGUGUUGCGCUGCAAUGGCCACAGGUCUUUUCCUCCCAACCUGCUUCGUAUUCACUGCGACAACCAGAUACCAUUUGGACGCGGACUCGGCUCGUCCGGUGCAGCGGUCAUCGCAGGCGUUCUCCUUGGAAACAGUCUCGGAAAACUCAACCUCUCCCGAGAGCGAAUAUUAGACUAUGCGCUCAUGGUCGAGCGACACCCCGACAAUGUCACAGCUGCGCUUGUUGGUGGAUUUGUGGGAUCGUACCUUAGAGAGCUAGACCCACAAGCUACCGAAGCAGCACAAGUACCUCUCUCUGAAGUCCUUCCAGAAUACCCGCCUGAUGCUGGAGAAGACUGGGGUCUUUACCCACCUGUCCCACCGUUAGGUAUCGGACACUACGUGCGAUUUAAAUGGGAGAACAGCAUCAAAGCUGUUGCCAUCAUACCCCGAUUCGAGCUGAGUACUGCAAAAGCGCGAGCUGUACUGCCAGAUAGUUACUCGAGGAAGGAUCUCGUUUUCAACAUGCAACGGCUAGCCGUCCUCACCACAGCUCUCGGUCAGACCCCACCAGACCCAGAUUUGAUUUUCGAGGCCAUGAAGGAUCGCGUACAUCAGCCGUAUCGAAACACUCUUAUCCCGGGCCUGCCAGCAGUUACUUCCUUGAUUACGCCUGCUUCGCAUCCUGGUCUGCUCGGCAUAUGUCUAUCUGGUGCAGGCCCGACCAUCCUUGCGCUUGCAACUCACAACUUUGAGAGCAUCGCUGAAUCAAUACGGGACAUAUUCCGACAGGAACAGAUCGAAGUAGAUUGGAAAGUACUGGAGGUGGCAGAAGGGAGCACCGUAGAGUGCUAGUGCAUGCUCAGGCUGGCUCCAAUGUUGUGUGAUCCGCCCAUCUGCCAGUCGGAGACGUGGACCUGUACCACACUGCGAUGUCAGCCAAACCAAUCAAAAUGUUGUUUCCCCCCAAGGGAGAAACGCCAGAUCCAUAGGAAAAAGGAUGUUUCCGUAAGUUUGCUGCAUAGUUGUGUAAUUCCUUUGACAGAGAAUUGACAUAAUAGUGUAUGCGAACAAGAGCGGAUAGAUGUAUUAUAACCAGUCGUAAAGAUUGUGUCACGUCAAUUGGUUCUUUCCUGUGAAAAAUGCCAAGUCAAGCGAAAAUUGAGGAUCGCGGCCUUAGAUGCUUCCACAAUAUUAAUG